AUGAUCUUGCGCCUAUUCCAGAAGAAAAAAGCAGAUGAUUCAGAUGAACGCAAGAAUGAAUUACAGGAACAGCGGAAAAAAUGGAAGGAUGAUGAUUUUCUGUGCAGAGGCUAUAUUCUGAAUGCACUAUUAGAUUCUGUUUACAGCACACGCAGGACUAUCGGAACAGCAAAAAAAUUGUGGCUGGCAUUGGACAACAAGUAUCGUAUUGAAGAGGCAAGCAACCAGAAAUUCUUGAUCGGUAAUUACUUUGAUUUCAAGAUGACGGACAGUAAGUCUGUUCUUGCCCAGGUACAUGAAUUACAACUUAUUGUUAGUAAUCUUAAGAAUGCUGAAAUUGUCUUGCCUGAAGCAUUUCAAGUUAGAGCCAUUAUUGCAAAAUUACCAAGUUCAUGGAAUGGCUAUAAAAAGAAACUCAAACAUGAUGAAACCAAGCAUACCCUGGAAUCCCUCAUGCGUCAUUUGCGUAUUGAGAAAGACUCUCGUAAACGAGAAAAUAAUGAUCAAGCGGCAGAAAAGGCAAACAUGGUUCAAGGAAAUCAUAUGGGUAACAAGAAGCGUAAAAACUCCAGUUCUAAGGCAAAGAACGAAAAGACAAAGAAGGAUCAAGUAAAUGUGACUGAUGGAAAUCAUAAUCCAAACCUUGUUGCUGUGGUGGAAGAAGCCAACUCAGUCGGAGUUGAAGUAGGAUGGGGGCUGGAUAUCGGAGCUACAAUUCAUGUAAGUCAACGACAGAUCUCAGUUCAAGACUUACAAAGAAUGCACCGAUGGAAGAGAAGUAAAAAUGGGUAA